AUGGCAGGGAUAUUCAAGGACCAAGACAGUUCUACCAAGACGGGGAGUCAGUACAUCGUUCAAGAUGUUCACGAUGUAGAAGAUCAACACUUCACCCCACAGUCCGGUCCAUCGAGCGCUGCCGUCGUCGACGAUGGGCAGAUCGUUACCCAGUAUGAACGCCAAAGUUUGAUCCGUGGUCUGGGGCAGCGCCAUAUUCAGAUGAUUGCUAUUGCGGGCGCAAUUGUGUGGUACGGGUCUCUUUCUCGGUCUGGGGGCUCGAUCGCCACCGGUGGUCCUCUGGGUGCCCUGCUAGGCUACCUGUUUGUUGGCCUGGUAGUCUGCUGCAUUCAAUUUGCAUUGGGAGAAGUCUCAGCGCUACUGCCGGUCACUGGUUCUUUUGUCCGACAUGCAGAGAUCUUGGUUGAUCCCGCGCUGGCAUUUGCCGUCGGCUGGAAUGUUGUUUAUGGAUGCUUUAUCAGCGUGCCGAGUGAGAUCUCCGCCAGUGUGGUCCUUAUCCAGUACUGGACGGAUAUCAACGCUGCCGUCUGGGUCACUAUCCUUAUAGUGGUGUCUGUGGCUGUCGCCGUCUCGUUGAUCAGCGUCUAUGGCGAGAUCGAAUUCAUCUUCGCCAUUCUUAAGAUCCUGCUGGUAAUUUUUGUGGUCAUUCUCGGCCUUGUCAUUGAUCUUGGCGGUGUGCCGGGUGUGCCCCGACGAGGCUUCCAUUACUGGAAAGACCCUGGCCCAUUCGUUGAGUAUAUUGCUACUGGGUCUUUGGGGCGAUUCCUCGGAUUCUGGGCUGUUAUGACCAAUGCAGUCUACUCGUUCGCAGGUGUAGAGUCUUUGGCCACGACUGCUGGUGAAACAAAAAACCCACGACAGAAUAUCCCAAAGGCCUGUAAAAGGGUAUUUGCGCGAGUGUCUAUCUUUUACGUUGCCACUGUGAUCGUCGUGGGCAUGCUGGUCUCUAGCGCCGAUGAACGUCUUGGCACAGACUCUGGUACUGCGGCUACAAGUCCGUUUGUCAUUGCCGCCGGUGAUGCAGGCAUCAAGGCUAUUCCUUCUGUCGUGAACGCCGUAUGCUUGACCUCUGCGUGGUCUGCAUCGAACCAGAGUAUUCUCACAGGAACAAGAACGUUAUAUGGUCUUGCGGUCAAGGGGCAUGCUCCAAAGAUAUUCCUGCGUACCACCAAGUGGGGAGUACCAUACAUGUGUGUGUUGCUUCAGGUUGCCUUCUCAUUCCUGGCCUACAUGUGUGUAUCCAACAAUGCCAUGAAUGUCUUCUGGUGGUUCGUUGAUUUGACUGCCGCUGGCACCUUGGUCUCGUGGAUCACCAUCGCUUUCAAUCAUAUUCGGUUGUUGCAAGCGCUGGAUAAACAGGGCAUAUCACCAACAGAGUUGCCAUGGCAUAAUCGCAUCACCAGAUACACAAGCUGGUUCGCGUUGGUCUCUUGUGUCGUGAUUCUCCUUACUGGUGGAUUCGUUGUUUUCACCACAGGAAAUUGGGACCCUGCCUCAUUCGUCUCAUCGUAUCUGGAUAUUCCACUCGUUCUUUUCGCGUACGGGGGCUAUAAGCUGAUCCGCCGGACAGAGAUAAUUCCUCUGAAUCUGGUGCCGGUUCAACAAGCGAUAGAAGAAGCCAACAAUGACCCGGAGAAUGUGCCGAUCAAGAAAGACAGUAUAUGGACAAGGAUGAAUAUUCUUUGGGGCUGA